CAGAGAGGAGAGGAGGAGAGGAGAGGAGAGGAGAGGAGGAGAGGGAACAUCCUGACCGGAAUAACAGAAAGACACCAGGAAAGAGGAAGAAGAAGAAGAAGAAGAGGGAGAGGCAACCGAUGCUGUUGGAGGGCGGAGCCAUGAUGGGGAAGGAUUACAUGUUGGCCAUCAUUAUAGUCAACUAUGAUGACAACAUUUGGACUGAUCAGAACCUGCUCCUGGACCCGGACCUUCCUUCAGGUUGGAGAACCAUCAAAGACUCCACAGGGACCUACUACUGGCAUGUUCCCACUGGCACCACCCAGUGGCAACACCCGAGGACCACUGGGGCCACCCCGGCACUGGAAACACAGCAGGAGGAGUCGGGAUCUCAGAGUUCUGACCAACCGUCCAGCGCUCCACCUGAGAACAGAGCAUCCUGGCACCAAGAUUACCUCAGCAACCAGGACCCCGACACCAAGUGCUUUGCAGUGCGCUCUCUGGGCUGGCUCCAGGUGGAGGAGGAGGAUCUGUCUCCCGGCCGCAGCAGUCUUGCCGUCAGCAACGUGAUUCAGCAGCUGUCUCACUGCAGCAGCCCCGAGCAGAGAGAGCGACAGGGCGCCUGGGGCGAGGGGCGGGAGAUGAUGCUGGUGCUGAAGAAGGACACUCUGUCCCUAUUGGACCCUUUAGACCACACCCCCUUGCACUGCCAGCCAAUCAUCAACAUCCGUGUGUGGGGGGUGGGCUGCAACAACGGCAGGGACAGGGACUUUGCCUUCGUAGCCGGGGAUAAGGACAGCUGUGUGUUGAAGUGUCAUGUGUUCCGUUGUGACGCUCCGGCUAAAGCUAUCGCGUCGGCGCUUCAUCAGAUGUGCUCAAAGAUGAUGUCGGAGAAGGCGCUGAUGAGGCCGACCCGCUCGCUCACCAUGGAGAGUAUCUCGCCUGAAGACCUGCCCAGACAAGUGGAAUUCCUGGAGGCAGUGCGGCAGCAGGUGCAGAAGUUUGAGGUUCAAUAUAUUGGAAAUCUGCCAGUUUCCAGAGCCAUGGGUAUGGAGGUGUUGAAUCGGGCCAUUGAAAGCAUCAUGAACUGCACAGACCGAGAUGACUGGGAGCCGACGGUGAUCCACAUCACCGACACCGUGCUGUCUCUGUGGAGGGGGCAGGACGGGGACGAGCCACUGUGGGAGUGUCAGGUGCGCUUCCUCACCUUCCUGGGCGUUGGCCAUGACAGUCACACCUUCGCCGUGAUCGUGGACGGCGGCACGCAGCAGUUCGAGUGUCACGUCUUCUGGUGUGAACCCGAUGCGGGAAUGCUGUCAGAGGCCGUGCAGGCGGCCUGCAUGGUCCAGUAUCAGAAGUGUCUGGUGGCUCAGACUCCUCCCCCGAGGUCCAAAUCGUGGCGUGCGACCCCGUCAAAGGUCAAGCGGGCCAACUCGAUGGACAGCGCCGCAUUCCCUCCCUUUACGUCCCGUCACCAUGGCAACGGUAGCAGCACCUCCACCAUGAAGGGCAACGGCAACGGAGUGAGGAAGGGGAUGAUGGCUUUCUUUGAAACUUUUCGCAACAAACAGACCGCCACAUCCUAAUAAUGGGGGCGGGGCCACCAGAGUGCGCCUGGGGGGGCGCCGCCACCGGAUUGGCUGAACUCUGCGCACACGCUGCUUCUGGUGGUCCGAGCGGUCGACCGACGUCACCAGCAACACCGACGCUCACAGAGGAGCCAGAACACACCCGGACUCAUAGUGAUGGUAGAGCAGGUGGAGGUCCUGUGAUUGGACCGCAGCAGAGGAAAGAUCCACCACAGAAGAAGAAGAAGAGUGUUGAGUCGAAGCCUCCUCAGUGACCCGUCAGCCGCAGACGAUCAACUCACCACAAACACCAGAAUGAGUUCACGGCGACGAGUCGAAGACUAUCCCCAAAAAAAAAGUAUUUUACCUAAAACGUAGAGAAAAACGUAGAGCAGCGAUGCAUCUUUAAAUGCUAACGUUAGCAUCGGGUAUGUAGCCUGUAAGUCCGCUUCAAGCUUUCAGUUUCAUUUUAAAGCUGCAGUGAAUGACUCUCACCACCGGGGAAGAAUCGAUAGCCCCUGGAGAAAACAGCACCUGAAUGUGAGCGGUUACCAUGGUUACCAGGAUGACCAUGGGCACCACGGUUACCACUGCAGCUUGAAAAGACAAGAAUCUCUAAUGCAUUUUAAAGAAUUUUAUUGUAGUGAGCGCGGCGGUUUGCAUGUGAGACGAGCGGUAGCGUCGAAGCACGUUAGCACGUUAGCUUUACCGAACGCACAGCUGCAGGCCCCGCCCAGACCGAGCGCCUGCUGCACCCCGAUUGGUCGAGUCCGUGGUGGGUCUAAUGUCUGUAGGAAAAAAAAGGCGGUGUUUUGUUUACCUGCAGUGAAAACUUUGGCACAAGACAAACCGAUGAUGUCAUGUAUAAACAACCAAAAAUAAACAAAUAAACAUCCUGUUUUCUUCUGGUCCUGAAGCUCCUUU